AUGAAUUCUCCCAACUCAACCGAGACACUCACCGAUUCACCACUGUCCACGUCACUGGAACCACCACAGUUCAGCAUGUUCAAAGCCACUGAAAUCGCCGCAGCAGCAGCUGCAUGUGCUGAAGCCGAAUGCUACGAACAGCUCGAACAAUUGAAGAAAACCGAAGUCGUCCCACUUCUCAUGGAAUGGUUUGUACAACAACAACAGAUUAUUUGUGCCAAUCCAACUGAAGUGGCUGCAAAACUCCGCAAGAUGGUCGCUGGUGGAGCUAGAAAGACAGUAGUGAUCAGUGAUUUCGACUACACUCUUUCUCGUUUUGCAAAUGAGAAAGGAGAACGUCUCUCGACUACUCACGGAGUUUUCGACGACAAUGUGAUGCGGCUGAAUCCGGCUCUCGGACAGCAGUUCGUGGAUUUGAAGAACAAGUAUUAUCCGAUUGAGUUCUGCCCAAUAUUGACUCAGGAGGAGAAGAUUCCUCAUAUGGAAAAGUGGUGGGGAACAUCUCAUUCAUUGAUUGUCAAUGAGAAAUUCUCAAAGAACACAAUCGAAGAUUUCGUUCGUCAAUCGAGAAUAGUUUUCAAGGAUGGAGCCGAGGAUUUCAUUCAAUCACUCGAUGCACACAACAUUCCACUCGUCAUUUUUAGUGCUGGAAUCGGAAACAUCAUUGAGUAUUUCUUGGAGCAGAAACUCGGAGCAAUUCCACGUAACACUCACUUCAUUUCCAACAUGAUUCUUUUCGACGAGGAGGAGAAGGCUUGCGCAUUCUCGGAGCCAUUAAUUCAUACAUUCUGUAAGAAUUCGUCUGUAAUUCAAAAAGAGACCUCGUUCUUCCACGAAAUCAAUGGAAGAGUCAAUGUCAUUCUUCUCGGAGAUUCGAUGGGAGAUAUUCAUAUGGAUGUUGGAGUUGAACGUGAUGGACCAACUCUCAAAGUUGGAUAUUAUAAUGGAUCGCUCGACGACACCGCCGCUCUCAAGCACUACGAAGAAGUCUACGAUAUUGUGCUGAUCCACGAUCCAACUUUGGAUGUCGCUCAAAAGAUUGUCGAUAUGAUCAACUCUACUCACUAA